AUGAGACGCCUAAAGGGACCCACAAAUCCACGUCCUGAAAAGAGAGAUAGGGACACGCCAGGAGAUGAAGAGGAGCCCAAAAAACGCAAGGACGAGGAAGGCAUCAAGGAGAUGGGAGAAAAUGGUGGGUGGCGUAAAGCCGAGAACCAGAAGGAGAGGAAGAAAAAACAGAAGGAAGAUGAAGUUGUGAAGAAUGAAGAAAAAGCGAGGAAGAAGGAAGAGAAGAAGAAGGAAGACAGGAAGAACAAGGAGAAGCCUAGGCCUCCAAGUUUUCCACUUGCAAAAUGCUCGGCUGCUGGUCUCUCGCCGGUUCCGGAGAUUGCGAGCAAUAUGAAAGAUGCCUCGCUGGAUACGCCCAAGACUGGACGGGUGGUAGCUGGUGGCCGCGAGCCACCUCCCAGAUAA